GCAUAUGUUAACCAGCAUUCCUAAUGCAAUCUCUUUGUUUGACUUCUAGGGCAAUUGAUUUCCAUUUCCUUCCCCCGCCAUGAGGAGGAGUACCUCCAGCUGACAGUGAACUGGCACCCAUGCCUUCUAAUCUUUGGUCAGAACUGCAAUGCCAAAUGCCAAUUGCUAAACAUGCUUUUGGGUGAAAAGCUGCUACCCACCACCAAAAUAAGCAGCGAGGAGAACUGUAAGAGGCGGCGGAUCCGCUUCACACAUGGGACACAAACACGGAUUAGUUUGGCACUACCUGGGCAGUAUGAACUGGUGCACAUGUUGGCAGCCCAUCAAGGGCAAUGGGAUACAAUACCAGAGGAGGACUUGGAAAUCCAUGGGGACAAUGAGGAUCCAGCACACCAGAUAGCAGAGCUGGAGGUGACGCUGCCGUACUUGCUACUAAAGGAGGUGGACGUUGUGGUAGCCCCAUGUCGGGGAUUCCAGUCUGCAGAGGUCAUCUUGGGAGAGUAUGUGAACAAUGUCCUACCUGUCGUCACCUUUGCCAUCAGUGAGGCAAAACUCUCAGCAUCUGAUGAACGUGAACUGCGGGAAAUAAAAGAGAAAUUCUCUUUGCCUGUUUUCUUUUGCAAAGUGCCAGAGUCCGAGGCUGAGCUGAUCUCUCCCAAGAAGGCUGAGAAUGAGAAGUCAUCCCUGUACUGUCAGCUGAUGGACCUAGACUAUCUGAGUACUAACCACUGCAGCUGUGGGGCCCCUAGUUCUGAUGCCAAAGCCCAGAGCAUGCUGGUGGAGCAGGUGGAGAAAUUCCGCCUCCUGAGCACUUUCUCCAGGCAGGUACUGCAGAAGCACCUGGUGCAUGCAGCCACCAUUCUGAACCUGGUGCACUGCCGCUGCUUGGACAUCUUCAUCAACCAGGCUUUUGACAUGCAGCGAGACUUGCAGAUCACCCCAAAACGGCUGGAGUACACCCGCAAAAAGGAGAAUGAGCUCUAUGAGUCUCUGAUGGCUAUUGCUAAUCGCAAGCAAGAGGAGAUGAAGGACAUGAUCAUAGAGACUCUCAAUAACAUGAAAGAGGAGCUGCUGGAAGAUGCUGCUAACAUGGAAUUCAAAGACAUUAUAAUUCCUGAGAAUGGGGAGCCGGUGAGUUCCAAAGACAUUAAAUGUUGCAUGAAGCAAAUCCAAGAACUGAUCAUUUCUCGCCUAAACCAAGCGGUUGCCAACAAAUUGAUAAGCUCCGUAGACUACUUGCGUGAAAGCUUUGUGGGGACUCUAGAGAGAUGCCUGAGGAGUCUGGAGAAAUCUCAGGAUGUUUCAGCACAUAUCACAAGCAAUUAUCUCAAACAGAUACUAAAUGCAGCUUAUCACGUAGAAGUCACUUUUCACUCGGGCUCAUCAGUAACCAGAAUGCUAUGGGAACAGCUCAAACAGAUAAUUCAGCGGAUUACAUGGGUCAGCCCUCCUGCUAUCACCGUGGAGUGGAAGCGGAAAGUAGCUCAGGAUGCUAUUGAGAGCCUCAGUGCAUCCAAACUGGCCAAGAGCAUCUGCAGCCAAUUCCGGACCAGGCUCAACAGCUCUCAUGAGGCUUUUGCCGCCUCUCUGCGACAGCUAGAGGCUGGCCAUUCAGGCAGGCUGGAGAAAACAGAAGACCUUUGGCUGAAGGUACGGAAAGACCAUGCCCCGCGGCUAGCACGCCUGUCACUGGAGAGCAGGUCCCUGCAGGAUGCGUUGUUACACGGUAAACCGAAGCUAGGUCGUGAACUGGGCCGAGGGCAGUACGGAGUGGUGUACUUGUGUGAUAGCUGGGGGGGCCAUUUUCCAUGUGCACUCAAAUCCGUUGUCCCUCCAGACGAGAAGCACUGGAAUGACCUUGCACUUGAGUUUCACUAUAUGAGGUCUUUACCAAAGCAUGAGCGACUGGUAGAUCUCCAUGGGUCGGUGAUAGAUUAUGGCUAUGGGGGAGGCUCCAGCAUUGCGGUCCUAUUGAUAAUGGAACGGUUACACAGAGAUCUCUAUACAGGACUAAGGGCGGGGUUGGUGUUGGAGACACGAUUGCAGAUUGCCUUGGAUGUAGUUGAGGGGAUCCGGUUUCUUCACAGUCAGGGGCUUGUUCAUCGGGACAUCAAACUUAAAAAUGUAUUGCUUGACAAAAAGAAUCGAGCCAAAAUCACAGACCUGGGAUUCUGCAAGCCUGAGGCCAUGAUGUCUGGCAGUAUUGUUGGGACACCCAUUCAUAUGGCUCCUGAGCUCUUCACAGGGAAAUAUGAUAACUCGGUGGAUGUUUAUGCAUUUGGUAUCCUAUUCUGGUACAUCUGUUCAGGACACGUGAAGUUACCAGAGGCUUUUGAGAGGUGUGCAAGCAAAGACCACCUUUGGAACAAUGUUAGAAGAGGAGUACGCCCAGAGCGCCUCCCUGUAUUUGAUGAGGAAUGCUGGCAGCUGAUGGAAGCUUGCUGGGAUGGAGACCCUUCUGAGCGUCCCCUACUGGGCAUUGUCCAGCCCAUGCUGCAGAGAAUCAUGGACAGACUCUGCAAGUCAAGCUCUGAACAGUCAAACAAAGGGUUAGAUGAUUCUACCUGAAAGAACUGUUUUUAUUAUGGGAGAAUUCUGACCCCCCUACUUGCAGAUAUCUUCUCUGAAGAAGUAGCCCUUUCUGGGUAACAGGAGUGGCACUGGAGCAAACAGAAGAUGUCUCGCCUCUGAGAGCAUUAUGGACAUUCCAUCUUGAGUAGCAACCAGAAAAAUUCCACUCCAGUGCACAAGUUCCCUGGCCCCCAUUUUUAUUACAAAAAUGAGUGAAUAAAUGAAAAAGAUGGAGAAUCCAAGCCUCUUGGACUGAAAGGGAUCUCUGCUAAUCCCCUCCAGACUGACUGAAGGAAAGGUAUCUUGGGCUUCAGGUAGCAGUUGAGUCGCUAGGGAUUUAUCACUGCAGUUCUCAGUGCUAACAGUUGAAACAAAAUCUCUUACCUUCCAUUUGCUGCUAUCUGUGGUUGACCUAGUGUAUCCACCAGCUUUAAUUGAGCUCGGAUGGUUUAGGGGACAAAUGACAGUAACUACCUGGGGGAGGGGCUCUUAGGCUACAAGGGGCGGGAGGAUAGGAGUGUCGCUGUGCAUUAGCUUCUUACAACACUCGGUAUGUUUACAUUGACAGGAUCAAGGCAUCCACACUUUACCUAAGGAGGAUUUCCACAUUCCACUGCUAUGGAAAUACCGUGGAAUUAUAAGCUAUCUGACUCCCUUCCUCUCCCUCUUAAACUCUUAACCUGAAAUAUCACUCUUUGUAAACAAGUUAUUGCUUCAAGUAACUCUGUUGGGUGUCCAGACUAACCUGGCUUUUCUUUUACAGUCUUUUUGGUAAGAUGGGUACUUCAAACAAAUGGUUUAGAGAAAUUGCACAUAGUUUAGAAACACAAAACAUUAUUAGCAACUAUCGACUGAUGUCCAAACCCACUGGAAAAUUACCAGUGUGUGUUUUUUAACUAAAAUACUGUCCUUGUUUUGAACCAAGUGUAAAGGCAAUGGUGGUUUUAAAUUCUGCUGUAGACAUUUUAAAUAACAUUUCUGCAACGUUUUAAAGUCCUUUGCUGGGUAAGAGAGUACCCAAGGGAAAACAGGCAUGCCAUUCUUCAGUGGAGGAUGCGGUGGUUUGUGUGUCCAAUUUGGUUAUAUUUAAAAAUCAGGGGUCAAUUGCAAGGUGUGUGGGGCAGGAUAGUCCUGAUACCCAACGAAAGGCUUUUUCUGAAUGAAAGGCUUCUUCUGAAAACAUCCCCUUGCCACAGUGAUCCCUCUGCACUUGCUUGGGAAAGGUUUGAUAAUUUCAAGUGCUCAUGGGGGUGGGAGGAUGUCCUGGGUGGACCGAAAUAGAGAAGACUUUUUUGUAUGCAUGAAGAAACUGAUUACUUGGCAGUUUGUCCCUAGGUAUAACAGCACCCUCCCACUGCAGAAGGUGGGUCAGGCAGUGGCUUCUUUUUAACAGGAAAUCUAGCAUGCUGUGUGCAAAACUAUUCAGGCAUGUGAAAAGUAUUACACCUUGCUGCUGGAAUCUACUGGGUGGUACAAAGCAAAAUUAUAACCAGUCACCUUUUGCCUCUUAAAGAGCUUGAAUAAAGGAGAGAGAUAAAUAACCCUGCAGUAUUACUUUAGAGUUGAACCCAUCUUCUGCAUGCAAUAUAACUGAAAUAAUGCUUUUUUUAAAACACUGCUUUUUACUUAACUACAGACAGUGGCAUUAAAAACUGUAGUCAUAGUUUCAUGGACAAAUUGCAGCCUCUCCACUAACUUGAAUGGAAAUGGACAGCAGCUAUAAAUCACAUGCACCGAAAAACCAAUCUCUUUUGAAAGCAGGAAUAUUGCUAGGAACUUCACUGUCUUAGUGUUUAUCUAUGGCACCAAUGACUUUAACAGUAUUAAUUGGUUUUAUAUCCAUUUACUUUGUCCUUUGAUGGCUAGUAACUAUGUUGAGAACUAGAAGAGUCUAGGUCAGUAUUUUUUGCAGCUAUAAACAUAGUUUGUGUAACAUAAUAAAACUAAAUAAAAUUGAAUUUUUAUAUAUAUAUAUAUAUAUAUAUAUAUAUAUAUAUAAUAUUAAAAUAUGCAAUUCCAGAAAUGUCUUGUAUACCUUUCUCCUUGUGGCACCUUCCUUUUAUCCUAUGCCUUUUAAAUGCUAAUUGUAAAUACCUUGAAGUGUUUGGGGUUUUGUUUUUAAAUUCCCCUGGGAUUGUUUUAUGUUUUCACCACAAUUAAUACACACUUAUUUUCCUACACACUUUUUUUCCUGUUGGGCACUUGACCUGUUGCAUAGCAGAUUUCACAUCUCUUCUUUUUGCUUCAAAAAUAACUCUUCAUUACAGCAGAGAAAAAAUAAGAUGCAUGAAUGAUGAUCCCAUUAAGACUCUACUAGCUGAUAUAACCAAAACCAUUUGUAGUGUGUUUGUUUUAGCAGACUGAAAGGUAGUAACAAAUGUGGCUAUUCCUAAUGUUGUGUAAUUGACCGCUAACUUUGUGUGGGUUCUUUAUUUCUAUCAUAUGAAGCAGUCUUCAUGGCUUGUGGAUGAAUUGAUGUACUAUAAAAUACUAAAACACUAGAUUGUAAAUAUACCCUCACUAUUAGACAUCUAGAAAAAGCUCCAUGUUUAACAGGAAUUCUGGUGGCUUUGGAUUGUAUGUGGACCCAAAUCAGUGGUGUGUGCCAGUAAAAUAGUAUCAUUUGCUUGUGUUGAACAAGAUUCCACAAAAGAGUGAAAUGUUUAAAAGCCUCAGGCUGUCAUAAUGUGCAGUAUAGAAAGAUACAAACCAAUGGUACUCUUUGCCCCUAAAAUCCACUUUACCUACCCAGCUUUCACUGCAAGCCUUUCUAAAGAUGCAUAGGUGGGCUUUAGACCUAAAAAGAUUUUACUAAGCUGCAUUGUGAGGUUUACAUACUGCCACUAAUUGGGUGGCUGUACCAGGUGCUCUAGGUUAAUGCUUAUUCUUGAGGCAGUGAGUUGGAUGCAUGUAAAAAUGAGAGAACUAGUUUACUGAAUAAAUGUAGUUGCAAGCUUAAGAUUUAAACUUGGAAGCUGCUAGUAGCUUGCUGUGCAAAGAAAAGAACCACUCAUACCUGACUGACUUACCAAGGGAGGAGCUUUUUCAGCAAUUGCUCUGUCCAGAACGGAAGUGGCUUGAUUUUGUUUCAUACACUACAUAUUGUGGAAUAAGAUGCAAGAAAAUGCUUCCUCAAUGCAGUGGAUCGUAAGUGAUCCUGGAGGACUCGGCCCCAGUGUUCUGAUACUUUGCCAUUGCUGUUGCUGAUUGUACAGCUGUCAAAUGUACUGUAUAUCUGGAUCUAUAGGACAUGUCUUAGGCUAGGAAGUUGCUGAUUUGUGAGUGGGGGAAUAUAAAUGUGUAUCUAAACCUACUUCAGAGGGUUAUUAACUACAUUAAGCAUAUGCUACAGCUUGCUUGUUCCUUUCUAAUUGAAAAGCAAGCUACUCUGUUUUAUGCUUUACACAGUUUUUUGAAGGCUGAUGCUAGCCUCUUUCUCUCCACAGUUUCUCUUUGGAGGGUUAGAGGAUAUUAACAAUUAUAUUGGUUUACAGAUGGUGACAAGUUAUGUACAAUUUCAGAAUGGGAUUUAGUAAUCCCUCUGCAUCCCUUGCUGUUCCCUGCUGCUCUCCUUUCCUUUGUGUUCAUAUUGCAUUCUCUGGACCUGCUGGUCCUACUUGAAGAUCUCAGAAUGACUUGACUUUUUAAAAUACUUUAACGUUAAAAAAUGUUCCCCUCCUGGAGAAAACAGGAGCACAUCUGCAUUUAAAAAUUCCCUCAGGGGCUUAAGUAGCACUAAAGUUGAAAGUUUUUAUUUUUACUUCAUACCUGUCAUUUUUGGAGCCUAUUGAGCUUUGGCUGACUGAAGUUCAGUAGUGAAAACGGUUACAUUUUUGAGGUUAGAAGAAAAUGAGAACUACAGCUCCAUUGUAAUGCCUUUAGGUUUUGUAUUCCUUUUUUAUUUUAAAGUAUGAUGUAUAUUUACAUUGUUAAAGGAAAAGGUAACAAACUUACCAAGUGCAUAGGAAAAAGUGCAAUAACCAGGAAAUUGACAUUAAGAACAAAUGAAAAAAUUUCCCCUGUAUUAUAACUUUCUGCAAUACUAAUUUCCUUUCCUGUACCAGGUCCAUUUAUGUGUAUUUUUAAGAGACAUGAUGGUGGGUUAAGAAGGCUUGAUUUAAUGCCAUUAUCAACUGUCUAUUUUAUAUAUAUAAUUGUUAAAAUGCACAGAACACACUGUGCUGAAUAAUAAAGGUUACAUUAACAUUUUA